AUGACCAGUCAACAGAGACACAUUUCCUCGAUUCUGAAGAUGUCACGCAGUCACCUGAAAGACUUAGGAAGUGGAAAUGAACUUUACCAGGAUUCUGAAAUUGACAAGAGGCAAAAAAGUUUACGAAGAGUGAGCUUUGCAAAGACCAUAAGAGUCUUUACACCAGAGCAGCAAGCUGUGGGAGGAGUGUCAUUGGAUGAUAAUCAUGGUGACGGAGGAGCUGCAGAGAAUGAGGAAUGCGGUAAUGAAGAGCAAACUAGCACUGUGUGCAAUAUUUCUGGAAUGGACAGAUUGCUGAAAGCCCCUAUUCAAACUAGUCUUCGUCUGUCAGAGUGCAAUGAUGAAUGGGCAAUCAAACCAUUGAGUUCGCCAUUAAAUGCAGAUACUGCACCGCUAAAAGUAAAAUUCGAUGAUUUCCUGGCUAGUUUAAAAAGCAACGGAGAUGGGCUUAGAGACAGAACAAUGGUUUUCUCCUGUGAAAAUGAUAUGGACAUGACUGCAAGUAACACGGUGUUUAUAGAUCAGCUGGAUAAAGAAAACCACCAGAAUAUGGUGCAAACUUCACAAAAUAGAGGUCUGUGCAAAAAGACAGAAUUUAAAUUUUCAACAUCUCAAAAAACCUCUACUUCCCAGUCACAAAUGGAUUCUUUCCUGCCGAAGGUAAAGUGCGAUGACUUCAUGGCUAGCUUAAAAAGCCACGGAGGUGGGCUUAGAGACAGGACAAUGGUGUUCUCCUGUGAAAACGAUAUGGAUAUGACUGCAAGUAACACAGUAUUUAUAGAUCAGCUGGAUAAAGAAAACCACCAGAAUAUACCAGAAACAACAUUGUUGGCAAGUUUGAAAUCACAAAGUGGCGAUCUGUGCAAAACUGUGGAUUUUAAAUCUUUUCAAAAGCCAUCCACUUCCCAGUCACAAGUAAAUGCUUUGCUUCCAAAGGAAACAUUUGAUGACUUCAUGGCUAGCUUAAAAAACAAUGGAACUAGGGACAGAACAAUGGUUUUCUCCUGUGAAAAUGAUAUGGACAUGACUGCAAGUAACACAGUGUUUAUAGAUCAGCUGGAUAAAGAAAACCAUCCGACUAUGGUGCAAACUUCACAAAAUAGAGGUCUGUGCAAAAAGACAGAAUUAACAUUUUCAACAUCUCCUCAAAAACCCUCCACUUCCCAGUCACAAAUGGAUUCUUUCCUGCCGAAGGUAAAGUGCGAUGACUUCAUGGCUAGCUUAAAAAGCCACAGAGGUGGGCUUAGAGACAGGACAAUGGUGUUCUCCUGUGAAAAUGAUAUGGAUAUGACUGCAAGUAACACAGUGUUUAUAGAUCAGCUGAAUAAAGAAAACCAGCAGAAUAUACCAGAAACAACAUUGUUGGCAAGUUUGAAAUCGCAAAGUGGGGAUCUGUGCAAAAACGCAGAUUUUAAAUCUUUUCAAAAGCCAUCCACUUCCCAGUCACUGCCAAAGGUAAAAUGUGAUGACUUUGGGGCUAGUUUAAAAAGCCACGGAGGUGGGCUUAGAGACAGGACAAUGGUGUUCUCCUGUGAAAAUGAUAUGGACAUGACUGCAAGUAACACAGUGUUUAUAGAUCAGCUGGAUAAAGAAAACCACCAGAAUAUACCAGAAACAACAUUGUUAGCAAGUUUUAAAUCGCAAAGUGGGGAUCUGUGCAAAAACACAGAUUUUAAAUCUUUUCAAAAGCCAUCCACUUCCCAGUCACUGCCAAAGGUAAAAUGUGAUGACUUUGGGGCUAGUUUAAAAAGCCACGGAGGUGGGCUUAGAGACAGGACAAUGGUGUUCUCCUGUGAAAACGAUAUGGACAUGACUGCAAGUAACACAGUGUUUAUAGAUCAGCUGGAUAAAGAAAACCACCAGAAUAUACCAGAAACAACAUUGUUGGCAAGUUUGAAAUCACAAAGUGGGGAUCUGUGCAAAAACACAGAUUUUAAAUCUUUAACAUCUUCUCAAAAGCCAUCCACUUCCCAGUCAAACACGGGAUCUUUACAGUGGCCAAAAAUCAAGUUUGAUUUUAAGACUAGUUCAACAACAGAACUGACCACCAAAUGCUUGGGAAAUAAUGAGAAAAUUUUUCCUGAUAAUUUGCCUUCUAGUUCUGCAGUAAAUCCACCUUCAGAUUGCCGGAUGAUGCCUCCAUUUGCUCGAACGUACGAAAUGACGGGUAAUGUGACGCAGAUUUUCAGAGAGCACGAAGGUCUGGAUUUAACGCAAUGUCACACAACCAGUAUUACCUCCUUUAUUCCAUUGUCCGCUAAUCCACCUGUACCUGAGGACCUCCUUUAUAAAUCUUCAAGGUCUAAGUUGAAGGACAAAACAAAACUUUUUGAGGAAGAUAUGGAUAUGACGCGUAGCAACACUGUUAACAUAGAAGAUAUUCAACAUGAUGCUCAUCCCUUUGUUAAAAUUCGUAAAUCGACUGGGGUUGGUUCACUCGCACCUGAUAGGACAAUAAUUUUCAAAGAUUCAAAAGAAAUGGACUUUACUGGAAUUAACACGGAUUUAGACAAGUGUUCUACACUUCUAGUAGAUGGCAAGGUCACAGAUAUCCCAGAACCUGGUACAAAUCACGAAAUGCACGCUAACCUAGAUAUGCCGCACACGUUGCCUGACAGAACGGUUUUAUUUUCUUGUGACCAUGAUAUGGAUUUUACAAAAUCACAUACCGUUUCAAUAGACUCCAAGAACAGCCAAGAGCCAGCAAUCCCUGAUAAACCGAAGAAUAUCAGAAAUAAUAAACGUAGUGAUAAUUCACGUGGUGGUUUAAGACUGUCGUCAUUGGUUAAUAUUGAGACAUUAUUUUCAAUGAGUAACGACUUGGACAACCCAGUCAACAAUGGGAACGGUGUUGGAGCUUUAAACAUGCCUAGUGUACAUAACAAAACACAGCAUCUGCAGGAUGACAUGGAGAUAACGGACACUGGCAGGAACGACAUACAUGAAGACAUUUUGUUUCCGGUAAAGGUUAUUACAAAUACUUCUUUCAAAGAAAAGACCGUAUUUUUUUCACCUGACCAGAAAGACAUGGACAUUAGUCGAUCACAUACCGUUGCCAUCGAUCACCAGAUCAGAUCUGAAAUCCAAGUGACUGAUGGGAAAGAAUGUAGGUCUAUUCUAACACACAGAAAGGUGGUGUCUCCUUCAAAGUUUAAAAGCCACAUAUUUGCUACAGAUAUAAAGGAUUAUGGAAGGGAACUGUGCACAUCACCUGUCCGGGGGACUCCCUGUAACAGAGAAAUCUGUAUUGCUUUACCAAAUGAAGAGGGCAUGGAUUUUACCAAGUCACACACUGUUUAUAUUGAAAGACCUGUUACAGAAAAUCUAGACAACAAAUGUUUGCCAGUAAGCAAAACAAAGGAAAUAUCUCUUAAUAACACACUGCGUGACAAGACCAUUUUAUUUCCAUCUGGUGAGAACGAUAUGGAUAUUACACAACUGCGUACUGCUAAUAUUGAAACAAAACUCUUGUAUACAAAUGUGAGCACUGCUAAAAUACCACAAAAAUCUGUUGGGGCUGGCUUGCAAUCUGUUCUUCCUGAAAAGACACUUGUAUGUGAAGAUGAAAUGGAACUUACAAAAAGCCACACAAUGAUUAUUGAUUUGAAAGAUCCAUCAAAGUCUCGUGGCCAGAAUCUUUCAGUUGGCGAAAGUCCUCUUUGUGCAGCUGAUUCACAACAAAAGCAGGAUGUCACAAUGUCAACUGCUGUUCUUUUAAGUGAAGGAACUACUUCAGGGAGCUUUAAAUCAGGUGUCCCUGUCAAACAUUCAAUAUCUUCUAGAAAGACUGAUAAUUUAGUGGGUGAUGAGCAUAUGAUCGGCUCAAACUCUGCUCUGAUAAUGAGCCAUGUAGAGAACCGAAGCAUAGAAAGGAGACAUACAGUAUGUAAUCCAUCCCAGGAUAAGACUCUGAUGUUCUCCUGUGACCCAGAUCAUAUGGAGAUAACACGAUCGCACACUGUUGCCAUUGAGAGAGUCUCUAGUGAGGUACCUAAAAUCCAAAGUCCCGAUAUAAAAGACGUGAAUGAUUUUACUGAAGUGACACAAAAUGACUAUAAUGUAACUUUGUGUGUCACACAAGCUAGUGAUAGUAACUUCGUUAAAACAAAAGAUCUUACAAUGGAAGUAGACAUGACAAACCAUGGAAAUGUGUUUGCUAAUUUCAAGGGCAUUCUUCCAGCGACGCAUGGUGAUCAUUCUGAGAAGGUGGAUGUGCAUGGCUUCACUACUGGAAAAGCUUCCUCUGAGGGGGUUUUACCUCUCAAUCCCUGUGAUAAGGCUGAAAACGAUCCACAAGUUUUCACAAACCUUUCAAUGAAACAUGUGGAGAUCUGUGAUAAUAGUAAUAGCAGUUUUGACAAUCCUCAAGAAGCCAAAACAGAUAAUGUUGCCUGCGUUGUAUUCCACAAUGAAUGCGAUGGUACCUCAGUGGAAGAUGAAGCUGCCAUUCCAAAUAAAAAUGUGAUGACCGUUAAUGACCAGGCAGCCAAGAAAGAGAAACUGAAAUCAAAGAGGGUGUCAUUUGUGCUUCCUCAGAGCAAGAUCGAAAUGUCAGAUGUAAUAACUGCUCCCCCAAACUGCUCCCCCGUGUUACCCCAAAUUCCUUUCACAUCAGAAAUUGGGAGCCCUGAACGUGAAAGGGAGAGCAAGACUGAAACUUUAUCUCCAGGUUAUGGCCCAGUGUCUGGUUCUACUGCUUCACAAUUGGUUUGCUUUAAACCAGUAGAAAAUGCAAUUUUAAGAGAUUGGGAUGGCUCUCUUAACAGAGCAUCCAAUAACUUGCAUUCUGUUCCAAAGGUGAGUGACAGGGUGGAUCCUGGUAAUGUAGAGAUCCUAAAAAGUAACCCUAUACGCCGCAGUAUUAAUGACAUUCAUUUAAAGAUAAAAAGCUUGACUAGAAAGUCUAGAAGCACUUCAACUGGUCACAUUGUUCACGCGUCUCCCCCUGCAGAUCAGGAAUUACAGCCUGGGGAAGCAGCCACUAUAGAAAGGGAUGAACACUGUGAAGUGGAGGAAACCCUUCCGAAAGACAGAUUCUUGCCAAAUAGACUUUCUGUAAAGAUUGUGCAGCCUAAAUUGCCCCAUAAAAGGAGUUCUGGCGUGGAUAAAAUCCCAGAGACACGUUCAUCUUCUGAAAGCCGUGGGAAACGUGACCGGACCUCUCUGAUACGCCUCAAGGCUCUGACUGAUAUUGAUGAUUCCACAUACAUCGAUAAGGAGAUGCUGCCUGCUUAUCCAGGUGAUCCAAAUGAUGACGUACUUGGUUUUGAGGUACCUGAAGGUGCCUGGGAAUCAUUGUGUGAAAAGGAACCCCAUAGAGAUACAGACAGCUGUUUGUCUGAACCUGGAGAAACAAAGACUUGUCGGAAGCGAGCUCGGAAGACUGAAGAAGUAGCAGAUAAUGCUAGCGUGAAGAGAGUCCGACAGAAUGACGACACAGCUUGCACGACCGUUCCAAAGACUUUGGCUUCUGUAGAGCCGACAUACUCCGCCAGCUAUGUGGACUCUCGCAUAGAACUAAGCAGCCAGCAGUUUAGUCAAAUGGAUUCUCCAUCACAAUGGGACGCAGAAUGUGAUAAGAGUCUGUGGCAGAAAUUCCAGGACGGCUCGAUUACUGUAAAGGAGUUCUUUACUCUGCUUAGAAUUCCGAUUCUAAUUCAAAAGCCGCGAUAUAGUGAGCUUCCGGCCAAUAGCAGACCGAGCGAAGGCCAAAAUCCUUUAGACGUUUUAUUAGACCACCAUAUCUACCAGCACAGAUUGCAGGUGUACGAGGAGGAGUGCAAUAGGCUGUAUCAGACAAUAGAAGAGCUUAAAGUGUGUGCAGAGACGCAGGAGAAACCUUUAAUUGCUGUGAAUAGCCUUCUCUGGGAAGCCAUGAGAAUGUGCUCAGAGGAAGAGGUUCUAUACUUUGGAGUCCAACUGAAGAGUCUGAAGGCAUCGUAUGCCAAGAAAAGUAAAUGUAUAGGCCACAAGGAUAAAGUUGAGAUGUACAGCAAGCUCCUGAACACCGCUGAGGGUGAGAAGCAGCAGCUGCAGUCUAUCAUCAGUGAUGCUGACGAGCUGAUUGAAGAGGUGGAAAAGAUGAUCUCUGAUUUGGAAAGGGAAACUGCUGAGCUGAGAAGCCAGUGUGAGAGUGGAAGGUUUAUCUGUAAAGAUCCCAAGGUGCAGGAGUUGGAGAUUGAAAUUGAAAACCUGAAAGUCGAGGAAGAAAACCGUGACAGAGCUUGUUCUCAGAUGGAAGACCAGAAAGAGCAGCUUUUAAUGAAAAUAGCCAGUCUGCAAGAAGAAUCAAAAGUCCUGAAAAAGCGCAUUGAGGAUGAGAAUUUCGCAGAGUGGGAUCUAAAUGAGUGGACUGAUGAAAAGGCGUUUUUCUCUUUUCUCUACGACUCUCUUGAACUUCACAUCACAUUCGGAGACUUAAUAGAUGGUGUCAAUUUUGUGAAUAAAUCUUGUCGUCAUAUAUCUGACAUCACAUUUUAUAGCCUGUUGGAUGAUGAUGCAGCCCCCCCAUCUACUUGCCUGGUCCAUAGACUUGUUACACAAUUUAUUAGAAGAAAACAGUGUUCUCCUGAGCAUUACAAGACUCAGCAAGAUCUUCCGAGGCUGCUUUUUGAUAUAUCUCUGGUUGUAAGCCGAUGCAAGCUACUAGGAGAGGAAGUGGAGUACUUAACAAAAUGGGGACCAAGGUACUGCGUCAUGAAGACGGCAAUAAAUGGCACAGACAUUAAGCUGAUGUUCUCCAGCGUGGCUGCCAUGGUAAAGUUUGAUGUAAUAAUAAAACUCUCUGAUUCCUACCCAAUCUCUCCCCUGAUGUUCACCUUCCAGAAUCACAUUGGAAACAUGGAAUGCAGUUUAAUAUCUACUGUUUUGUCGAAGGUUCCUGUGGGUGCCUGGUACCUGAAGAGGACAGUGAUUGAAUUAUAUAACAGUCUUUUGACAUCUCCCAUCCCACAGUCCAAGGAAAAGAUUUGAUUUCUAGUGUAAUUGUCCAGCUCUCGAAGACUGCACUUCAUUUCAAAGCAGAGUUAAAAUUUCAUGAAUAAGUUGUGGUUAUUAGACCAGUCCGUCACUUAAAGUGAUUAAUCCCAUUUUAAAAUUGUCUUCUGUAAAUUGGACCGUGUUGUGAUUUUGCCUUUUGUGUAUUGUACAGAUACUUGUUUGUAUUUAUAAUGUUUAAAUCUUUACCUUGUCUGUUUCUACUCACACACAUUUUGCUGUUAUAAAGCUUUGUGAACAUGUCUAUAUAGUUCACUCUUCUCCUCUUUAUGAAUCUCCUGCCAGAAAGAUACAUUUCUAUUUCAGAAUGUUGCUAAAUAAAAUGUUUGUGGUUUUUGCAA